GUCAUUACAUGCAUCUAUUAAUUGGUACAAGGGUUGUUUAUUAUGAAAUCAAUUUGAUCAACUCUAAACGGGGGUAAAGUGUAUACAAGACAGUAUUGAAUUAUCAAUAAUUCAUACUCAUAUAGAAUAGACUAUGUGUAUACAAGUAUAAGUAAGUUGAUUCAGUUAUACUAAUUGACUAGAUAAUAAACUACAUUGUCAUUCAUUACAGAAGAUUUAAUUACGUCAACUACAUUAACAAAAAUGUACGAAAAGUGUUCAAUUAUCAAUGAAUUUAUUAAAUGCAAAUCAAAAUUACAAUUUAAAGGAGCAUUCAUAUUGAUAACUGUUGGUUUAGUAUUGGGGUUUGUUAUAUUCAUGAUUAGAAAAUUACAUCGUCCAACAUUGAUCAACACUAUCAUAGCUGGUGUAACAGCAAAUCUAUUAUCGUUUGGUGUUACUUUAUUUUGUGGCUUCUUUGAAUUUAAAUACGUUGUCAUGGAUGCCAUUGUAGCAUUUGUAUUGGGUAUCAUUACUAUCUUAUUAAGUAUGAAGAUAACAUCAUUCCAAAGAAGAUGGAAGAUUAUCUUAUUUAUCAUAAUAUGUGGGUUACUAGUUAUAGGAUUCCUUUCUAUUGUAUUAUCUUAUUUCUAUUGUAUCUUUGAAAUUCUAUUCAAUACAUGUUGGAUUUGUUUAAUUCUACUUGCAAUUGUUUUCACUCCAUAUUAUUUCUACUUAAAUAAUGAAUCAACCGAAUAUUCAUCCUAUUUCAUUGGUUUUAUAAAUGUAUUCGAAAUUAUCACAUUAUAUUUGUUUGUAUUAAUCACAUCAUUGGAUAUUGGACAAACCACAUUGAAAUGUGAUUAUGGCGGGAAUGAAUGAUCAAUCGAAAGAAGAUGAUGGCGAUGAUGGUGGUGAUGAUGAUAAUGAUCGAGAUAAAAUACAAAAGUUUGAUUCAAUUUUUAUUAAACAUUUACAAUCAUUGUAAUAUGAUUAUGUCAUAUUAUUGGGAUGUAUUUUUAUUAUGAUCAUGAUGAGAAAACAAAAAAGUAACUGAAAAGAUGUAUUUGUGGUCUUGACAACAAAGUGGUAUUUAUUGAAUUACAAAUUUAAUAUAACAAUUAUGCUCAGAAGGGGUUUUGUGGAGAUUUUAGAAAUUUCACUAGUUGAAAUCAUGAGUCAGUCUCCACAAAACCCCUUUUGAUAAUAAUCAUCUGCUCACUAGUGACUGACUUCAAGAGACACUCCUGGAGUUCUAGUGAUAAGCUGUUACCAGUGGAGUUCAACCAGAUCUGUUGUGAG